AUGGCGCAUUUGGGUUCCGGUUACGCCUUCUUCUGGAGUAAUUGCCCCAGGGCAGAACGACGGGACGCGGGCGUCGCCUUUGCUAUUCGGAGCGACAUCGUGGGACGACUGUCCUAUCUGCCGCAGGGUAUAAACGAUCGUCUGAUGAGCCUCUGCCCUCCCAUCCGAGGAGGCAUAUUCGCCAACAUCGUCAGCGUCUACGCACCACCACAGAUGACCAGAUCCAAUGAGACAAGGGCAAAAUUCUAUGAGGACAUGCAUGUCCUCAUGACGACUGUGCCGAAGGCGGAUAAGUUAAUUGUUCUUGGAGACUUUAACGUCCGAGUCUUCACAGACCAUGCUGAAUGGAAAGGAGUGCUGGGUCCUCGUAGUCUCAACGGCCGCAGCGACAACAGUCUUUCCUCUUGCGAACCUGCACAGAACGCCGACUCCUGA